UCUCACAGUUCAUUCUAUUUCAUUUCAAUCUCAACAUUAAGUCUUGACUUUCUGUCCUGUGUGAAGAACAUUUCAGUUUAGACAACAUAUGACCUGAUAUCUGAGUUGUCCCCAGACGUCUUUAGUGUGACAGGAAGAUUGUUUGUUAACAUUGAAGCUCUGUGAGUCUAGACUUAUGUAAAACCUUUGACUGACAUCAAGAAGAGGCCGAAACAUCUUGUGAUGCUCUACAUCAGACUGCAGAGGUUCCUCAGCAGAUCCCUUUGAUUGUGGCUAACCUCGGUGAUAACAUCAAUCUGACAUGUUCUGUUUCUGGGACAGAAGCCUGGUUGUUUUUCUGGUACAAGCUGAAAUUUGGAUACAUGGUCCAAACACUUGCUAAAGGAGCUUCUGCAGAUAUAAAGCUUCAAGGACAAUUUGACGACCCGAGAUUCACAGUCAGGAAAGAUGAUGAUCUGUAUACUCUUACCAUAAGAAAUAUAAGCAAAGACGAUGAAGCAACAUACUUCUGUCAAGCAGGAGAGCCAUAUAUAAUUACUUUGGUUAAUGGCACAAUUUUGGCUGUGAAAGAUCACAAAAAUCAGCAGAAACACAUCUAUGUCAAACAAAGUCCGGAGACCGCGUCAGUCCAGCCGGGAAACUCGACGACUCUCCAGUGUUCACUUCUCUCCACGAACAAAGAAAACCUGGUCCAGUGUCCAGGUGAACACAGGGUGCACUGGUUCAGAGCCGGAUCAGGACGCUCCCAUCCCAGCUUCAUUUACACUCAGAGCAGCAGGAGAGAUGAACAAGAGGAGAAGAGCUGCGUCUACAGUCUGUCCAAAACUAUACACAACUCCUCAGAUGCUGGGACUUACUACUGCGCUGUGGUCACAUGUGGAGAGAUCCUGUUUGGUGGAGGAACCAAAGUGGAGAUGAGACAAGAACAACUUCCAUGGGUCAUUGUGCUUGGGACACUGACGCUCUGCUGCAUCAUUGUGAUUGUUGCUCUAAUUCUCUUCAGAAAGAAAAAGACUGUUUGCGAACAUUGCAAAGGAGCAGCGACGGCCUCCCAUCCUGAUGGAUCAGCUGAGGAUCAACCAAAUGAUGCGGAUGGUGACGCAGCGGCGAUGAACUACGCUGCACUUGGUUUCAACUCAAGAAAAGCUACAAGAUGGAAUAACAGGAAUUCACCAGAGGACUGUACUUACUCAAGCAUCAGAAAAUCUGUCAGACAAUAAUGUUGAUGCAGCUCAUUGAGAAGAUGAUGAUGGAUUAAAUCAUGUAUAAUAACAAAUGAUGUGUAUAUGAAUUGAUUGAUUAAAUGAUUUUUGAAGUCACAUUUUGGUAAUUGAAUAGUUUAGUUAACGUUGGUGAGAGCACAUAUCUUAAUAAUAUCCCUUGUCUAAUUUAUUGUGUGUCAUUUCUCAAAAUCCAGAUGAAAUAUGAAUAAUUUAUGGAACUUUUAUUUUCAUUAAAGAGAAAAUUAAUAUUCUAUGCUCUUUAUAUUAUAUUAAAUGCAAAUAAAUUAACCAGUUGAUGAAUAAUCCAAUAAAGUUUGAUGCUUGGAGGGACCAGAGUUGGUCUCUGUUAUAGAAGUCAUCUCUCAGAAUCAAUACUCUGACGCCUCAGUGUAACUUUGACUCAUUUUAAUCGUUCUCAAUUUGAUCUGCUGAGCUCAACAUGACGAAGAGAACAUCACUGGAAUAUUCUAUGAGUCAUGACCAACAGCACACACAUGUGCUUUAUGUGCCAACAUGCAAUUCUUAUGUUGAACAGGCGUAAUGUUUACCAUGUUAAGAAUUUUUUUUUUUCGUGUUGACAUCCCUCUAAAUUUCAUAUUAAGAGGGAUGUGGUUAGUAAACACCAACAACAACUGA